CACCGGAGGAAGCCUCGGCCGGAUUCAUUAGCGGGUUUUAUUUAUUAAACAAAGUCAAUAUUUUUUGACACAUUUGUAAUUAACUAGUUAACGUAAUGCGCCGCUGACGGCUGUCGGUCUGUCGGUUAACGCGUCGCUGCUCCGGUGAAAAAUGGUGUACCACGUUCCCUGGAUCUACACUCCGGUUCGGACCAUCUUGGCAAUCUGGCACCAGCUGACUAAAACUGAGAUCCCGGAGCUGACCAAAUGUUCAGUCCUGAUGAGGGAACGCAGCAGAGUGGAGGAGAUGAUUCACGCCAUGCAGCGAGCGGGAGCGGGGAGUCUUCAGGUCAUCUCAGACUUCGACAUGACGCUGACCAGGUUCGCUCACAACGGCCGGAGAGUUCCCACCACCCACAACAUUCUGGAUAACCGGUUGUUGAUUAGUGAAGACUGUGCUAAAAAAAUGAAGGAUCUGUUGAACACCUACUAUCCUGUAGAGAUUGAUGCCAGUCGGAGUACGGAGGAGAAGCUGCCUCACAUGGUUGAUUGGUGGACUAAAGUCCAUGAGCUGCUGAUUCAGCAGAAGAUCAGAAAAGACCUGCUGGCCCAGGCGGUGAAGGAAUCCACCGUCAUGCUCAGGGACGGGUAUAAGGAGUUUUUUGACCAUCUAGCCGAACAGCAGGUCCCUCUGCUGAUCUUCUCCGCCGGCGUCGGGGACAUCCUGGAGGAGGUCAUCCAGCAGAACCGCGUCUUCCACCCCAACACCCACGUCAUCUCCAACUACAUGGACUUCGACCACGCGGGUGUGCUGCAGGCCUUCAAAGGUCAGCUGAUCCACACCUUCAACAAGCGAGAGGGCGCCCUGCGCCGCGCCGCCGGCCUGACGGCGCUGCAGGGCCGGCCCAACGUGCUGCUGCUGGGAGACUCUCUGGGGGACCUGACCAUGGCGGACGGCGUCUCCGAGCCGGAGAACGUCCUGACCAUCGGCUUCCUCAACGACCAGGUGGAGCAGAGAAAAGAGUCGUACGUCAAUUCUUUCGACAUCGUGCUGGUGAAGGACGAGACGAUGGACGUUCCAAACGCCGUCCUCAGACACAUCAUCUCAGGAAGAGACCGGAAGUGAGACGCACGGCGAGAAGCGGGCGCACAUGGAUAGAUUCUCUUCCCAGUGUUCACACGGGAAUCCUCUCUGACCUCAGCGAUGUGGAGAAAGUGUCACAAAACAUUCAGUCAGUGUUUUUUUUCCUUUGGAUUUGCUGUCACACUCAUUCUACCAAAGUUUUAAAGGGAAGAUUUACAGCUUCGCUGUGUUUUUAUACGACCGCCACUUUCUUCUAGAAAUCACCAGACUUUGUAAAAACCCUACCGGGUGUGUCUCUCAUUUCCAAGCUGUUUGAUGAGUUUCACAGUCCGACUUUUAAUCCUUUGCAGCUGGUUCACAUUUCAGCAAAAACACUCUUCAGUUGAUGUCUUCAUUUUCACCCUGUUUACUGUAUUCUACCUCCUACGAGUACUCUGUAUUGAAGGACUGUGUACAAACACUCAGUGAAUCUCCAGGAAUGCUCCAGUCAGUCUAAAAGCUGCUUCCUCACCGGACUGGCUCUCUGUACAGUGGAGAUGCAUUUACAUUUCUACAGUAAACACAAUACUGUACUGGUUCCUCAAAAUAAGAGGAAACUCUUUAGAUCUAGAUAGAUAGAUGGAUAGAUUUCCUAAGAUUUUCAGCUAGAUUAAUACAAUUUUUAUGUAGUUUUAGUUGUAAAACACACAGCAGCCUUCGACAAGUUGGAAUUUCGCUUAUUUGUCUGCUUUUUAAAUGUUGCUAAUCACAGUGAUUCCUUUCUGUAAACUCAUUAGCACUUUUUUGUUUGAUGUGUUCUUAUUCUGAAAGCUACUCAGAAAGGAAACUUGAGGAUUUGUAGCUCAGGAUCACCUGAAACUGUAUCAGAUAAAAGUGAUGUUAUAUUUUAUCUCAUUUCAGUUCCGUUUAAUCUUUAAAGCUCCAAACCGGUAAAAUAGUGUCAGAAUAAACUUUAAAUGUUCUUGGUGGCUUGGUGGGCUGGAUAGGAUCCUCUCCCGGGCUGACUUGGGGCCACGGGCCUGGUGUUUGACACCCCGUUGCAUUUAAAUGCAUUCGCUUCAUCGCUGUGUAUUUGUUUUGGAUAUCAGUGUUAUAUUGGCAUGAUUUCCAUGUUUUUUUUUCUUUUUAAAUUGAACAAACGAGUCAAACAUUUCAACAGUUCUACAUCCUAAAUAAUGUAACUUUGACGGCAGGAAGUUUCCAUCAGACCUGCAAAAACGGAGCCGUUUGGCUUUUAAGAGGCAGUAAACAAACACAGCUUUCCCGUUUCUUACAAACGUUUUAAUUCCCGUGACUUGUGGGGACAUUAAAGGUGCUUUUGGUCAACAAUCACACAGCGUAAAACUCCACAGAAGAUUUCUUUGCACUGUUGCCUCGUCAGUUCAAAAGACUGUCUGUCUGAUGGUGAUGUGGAGAACAUUAAACCUUUGGUGCUGCGAAGCAGAAGUCUCACUUUG